AUGGUUUCUUCGAGGUGGUGCCUUGAGGAGCUGAGUAAGAUCUUUGAAUGCCACGACCGGGUUGGGAUGACCGUGUUGCCCAUCUUUUAUAGAGUGGAUCCUUCUGAUGUUCGGAACCAGACAGGAACAUUUGCUGAAGCUUUUGCUAAACAUCAACACAGAUUUGGAGAACAUAACCCCAACAUCCAAAAAUGGAGGCACCUUCUUACAAAGCUCGCCAACCUCAGGGCUUGGCCUUCCGAACCUUGGACACAUGAAUCAGAAGUCAUAGAAGAAAUUACCACAUUACUAUGGAAAAGAAUCAAACCGACCUUGAAAGUCACUAAAGAAGACCAACUAGUUGGAAUCAAUUCUAAACUAACCAAACUUUCUUCUGUUUUGAAUCCAAACUCAUAUGAGGAUGUGAUUUGGGUAGGAAUUCAUGGAAUGGGUGGCAUUGGUAAGACGACAAUAGCUAGGGUUUGUUACGAGCGAAUUCGCGAUGAAUUUGAAGCUCAUUGCUUCGUCUCCGAUGAUCAAGAGAAAUUUGAAACCUCUGGUCUUCCAUGUUUACAAAGCGAACUCCUUUCAAGGAUUUUUUCAAUUAAAAAUGAUAUAUUGGAUGUUGAUGAAGGGAUCGUUAUGAUACACCAAGCGAUUCUACGAAAAAAGAUUCUUCUUGUCCUAGAUAACGAGAAUUGUUCAGACCAAAUCAUGGGAUUGAUUCCAAACAAAGACUCUUUUGGAGAUGGCAAUAGAAUUAUUAUCACAACAAGAAACAUAGAUUUACUUUCAAAUGAGUUCGAAGUGAAAAGAAUUUUUGAAAUGGAAGAACUUACCGAUGAGGAAGCCCUACAACUCCUUAAUUUGAGUGCAUGUCCAAAGCAAGAUUGCUUAAAACUCUCCAAGGACAUUGUUAGAGAAGCAUCGGUCGAAAGCAUAUUGUUCAAGUCGAGAAGAAACGCUGUGGAGUUUCCAAUUUUGCUCUCAAGAAUGCACCAACUAAGGCUGCUUAAUUUUCAAAAUGUGAGGCUGAAAAAUGAGUUGGAAUAUUGCAUUCCAAAGCUUGAAGGUUGCACAAGUUUGGUCAAUAUUCAUCCAACAAUUUUCACAGCAAAAAAACUCACUUUUUUGAGUUUGAAAGAUUGCAUCAACCUCACACAUUUUCCAACGAAAAUUAACAUCAAGGCUCUUCAAGUUUUGAUUCUCUCUGGGUGUUCAAAGCUGAAGAAGAUCCCAGAAUUUUCAGGCAACACAAAUAUAUUAUUGGAACUCUAUUUGGAUGGCACUUCCAUAUCAAGCUUACCUUCAUCAAUAGCAAGCUUGGAUCAUCUAACAGUGUUGAGCUUAACCAAUUGCAAAAAUCUUAUCAACAUUUCAAACGCGUUGGAUAAGAUGACAUCUCUCAAAAGCUUAAAUCUUUCGGGAUGUUCAAAGCUUGGAAAUAGAAAACGAAAGUGGGGCGACACCGAAACGGCGGAGCUUGACGUGAGACAAACCGUACAAAGAACGGACGACGGAGACAAUAUCUUUAGAAACAUUUUUCUUUGGUUAUGCAAAGCUCCAACGAGUGGCAUUUUUGGGAUUCCAUCACUGGCUGGUUUGUACUCUCUUACAAGCCUAAAUUUGAGUGAUUGCAAGCUUGAGGAAGUCCCGGAAGGGAUCGAGUGUUUGGUGUCGUUGGUGAAUCUGAAUUUGUCUCUAAAUAAUUUCUCUCGUCUUCCUACGAGCAUUUCUCGACUCCAUAACUUGAAAAGAUUGAACGUAAACGAGUGCGAAAAGCUUCUUCAUUUCUCAGAGCUACCACCAAGGAUCUUAAGGUUGAUGUCAAAUGGCUGCAUUUCAUUGAAAGAUUUUCUAGACACUUCAAAAGUUAACCAUUCAUAUUUCAUGGUUGAAGUGAAUCUUCUAAACUGCUACAAAUUGGCUAACAACAAAGGGUUCUAUAAAAUGAUCAAUUCUUGGAUGCGAAAGACGUUUUUACUCGAAGGAACAUUUGACAUCGACAAAAAUGGGAUCUUCGAUAUGCAUCAAGUGGGAUCAUGA